AUGUUGUUACAAGACCUCGCGGUAUCCAAAACCCAGGAGAGGGGGGUACCGGUGCCCAGCAAGCUUCUGCGGGAGCUGCAACGGGGGUCGGAGCAGCGAGACGGCGGGAAGCGACUAUACAAGUUAGAUCUGCGACGGACCCAGUUGACAGAUGCACAUGCGCUCAACGCCCUCAACUCGCUCCUCAAAGGCCAGGUGGAGUUGUUCCGACUAGUGCAAGCCGAUGCCAGCUUGGCCGACUCCAGCCUGAGCUUCUUGUACUCCGUGAAGCUGGACACAAGGGUGCUGUCGCUUGACCAGCGAGCGGCAGAGGAGCUGGAGGCUCAGACAGUCGCGCUGGAGGUCGCCGACUCAGUGCUUGACGUCAGGCACGCUUUCUUUCAGGCCGAUGUAAGAGGGUCGGGAACCCUGACGGAGCACGAGCUGAGCGGCGCCAUGCGGAUCGUCAUGGGCGUGACGCCGAAGGCCGCAGAGACUUCGCGCGUGCUGCGGUUCUUCGGCGCUCCGGGAGCCCAGGGGAACGACCCGAACGUAAUAAAUUUGGGGGGAUUCGAGGCGGCCAUGGUGGGGAGGCUACGAGAGUCGCACACCCUGCCGGUGCUGCCUCAGAGGCGAGACGACCUGCUUUUCGGAUCGGCGGGCGGCGAAGAGGGCCAGAGCCUGGAGUGCUUUUCUCCUUGGAGCACUCGCUCCUUCGGUGCCACGACCGGUGGCAUUCGCGGAGACAAGGGCGGUGGGGGCGGCGUCGGGAAUAAGCGAAGCCCUUUGUCGGCCUCUCAGAAAUUUUCGCCGGGGGCGGGGAUGGGGACGCACGUGCUCCCCCUACCGCCGUGGCGCGGAGGAGAGGGUGGGUCCGAGCUGAGCAAUACGCAGAACGACGACGAAGGGCAGAGCCAAAGAGCGGAGAGGGACGAUACCGACUUGGAGAACAUUUUCGACGACGACAAUUGCGACGGGGUUAACAACAACGACGGGGCUGAAGACGCAGCAGCACCGAGGUGCGUAAGAGACACGAGCCGAAUCUCCACUAGAGACAGUGGCAAUGGCAGGGAGAGGAGCAAGCGAGGGGGGCGAAGCAGCACCGGCAGCCUUGAAACCGACACGAGGGAGGAGAAAGAAGAAGGGCACCAAGAACCGGCGCGACAGAGGCGGCGCGAGGGAGUCGCUCUCGUCGCCCACGAGAACAUCGAACUGAUGAGCAGCGCGGCUCGCCUGGCGGGGAGUCGCUUCUUGAACGGCGAUGGAGGUGGCGACACCGAAGAUGACGUCCUCUCUGACUGCAGCAGCGACGAUUGCUUGUCUUGUACCUCCGCACGCGCGCAGAGUACCGGGAAAGGGACGGUGAACCAGAACGGCGGACGACUUCGAACCGAGCAUCCAAAUUGCUCAAGAGAAAAAAACGGCAGCGGGGGCGGUGGCGGCGACCCCAAGUCCAACACUGGAAAAAUAUCGGAUUGGAGACGCCACAGCUCUAGCCCGGCCGCGCGAGGAGGUCCAACAUUCGACGACCGUAGCGGCAGCGGCAGCAGCGGCGGCGGCGGUAGUAGAAGCGUGUGUUUCUCGGAAGAUCGACCGAGUGGAGGCCGGCGGGUUAGCGAUCCGUCGCGGUCUUCUCAUUCAGGAGAUGAUAGCGCGCGGGAGCCAGCGGGGUCUAGUGCCUCGACCCACGCGAAUCCCGGACGACGGCAUUCUAUUCUUAAGGGAAAACAAGGCCGCGAUGACGCAGUUCGCCGGGACUUCGGGGAUCAGACCCCGCCGUCCACUACCCAAACCGUGUCCGUUACAGGAAGAGGGGAUACCGUCGCUGCGGGAUCAGCAACAGCGUCGCGCUCGAACGCCGUCAGGGAACAUCAAACGGGGGCAGUGAGGACAAACCUCUUAUCGGAAGAAGGAAACGUCACCGUCAUCAGCAUGACUGAUACGCACAAGGAGACGGCAACGUCGAGCGCAGCGCCAUCCAGGGCUGAGCCCCUGGGAGAAGAACUGGCCACACGUUCACGGCUAGCACAAGCGUCGCCAUCGACCACAACUGAUGGAGGAGGAAGCGACAUGCUGGCCGGACGAAUUCUUCUCAACGGCUCUGAACGAGAACCCCAUCCCAGAGGCGUGGUCAUCGUCGAUGGUGAGACUGGCACGUCGGGGGUACCGACGAAGGCAGAGGCAGCAAGCAACGGUUACCCGGAAAAGAAGGACGCCACCGUGGGAGAAGAAGCUACCCCAAGCCUCGUUGGGACUUCCGAGACGGUCACUACCGACACUAGGCCGGCUGCUUUGUCGUCGAUGUCAGCCGUACCUGCGACGGCAGCGACGGGCGUAGUGGCCAGGACGGAAGCGGUAACGGCGAAGAAACAGGAGCAGGACGAGGAGGAAGUAGGACCUACCACGGCUACCUUGUGCGAGCAGCGUCGGCGGGCGGAGGAUGCGGGUGAUCGGCUGGUCGUUCCGACGCCGCCAUUAGAGCUUUCAGGAGGGAACCUUCUCGUUGCAAUGUCUGCCGAAAUUGCAGAACCGAACACUUCUCUAGGCGAAAGUAGAAGCGGUGGAGGAUCACCAGGCGCAGCAGCAACUUCGAACGCCGCCGCCGAGAACCAAGUCCGCGGCGGCGUGGUAAGGGAUAGCGUGUUGAUCGCCGGCGCCAAGCGCGUCUGGGCGCCGCAGGGGGCGGCAACAACGCUGCUGCACGCAACGUCGGUGAAUUCUACCGGCGCUCGCACUCCAGGUGGAGCGGGUGGCGUCCCCGAGAACGAUCGAGUGGGCCGGUCCGCGGGAUUGUCUCUGGAGGCCAUCGUCGAAGCGCCCGGCUCAGGAGGUGGCGGUGCUGGCGGUGAUGCACCUGCGUCCCCUGCUGCUGGCGCCUCCACUCUUGCUCUAAACUACAGCAGUAGUGGCGGUGGAAAUGGCGGCCCCAUACGGAUGCCGUACUGUCUUUCUCCCACGAACUUGGUGCGUCAAGCUCGCGGCGGUUCCGGUGCGGCUGCAACGGCUGCCUCCAGCUGCAGGGAGAGGGAAAGCCUUGCCGCUCGAAUUCAGCGUUUGGGGGACAUCAACGCCGCUGCAACAGCCAACGUGGUCAACCCAGCGGCGCAAAACUGUUCCGUUUCAGAGAGUGGGUUCGCUGCACUCAGCGGCCACAGUGAAGGUGGAGGGGGUGCCGCAGGAGGAAGUCCACAAUCUUUUGCCCAUGCCGAGCACCCCCGACUGACAUCGUCGGGGAGAAUGCCGACGCCAUCCGCUUCCUCUCACGGGGGAGCAUCACCCGAACGACCACGUCGUUGCGGGUUGCUCGUCCAGGAUGGCGGCGAGGGAAAGGGCUAUUGCUCCUCACCGUCACCAUCCCCGCGGUUCCACCUCCCCUCUAGCGAGACAAAAACGGCCCCCCUGUGUGGCGCCGGGGGGUCUACUUGUUUGUUUGAAGGCCACGUCUUGAGGGCUGAUUCUGAGCCAGUGCUACGGCGGGCCGGGGAAAGGGGGUCGGAGGCGAAAGGAAAGACAGGGAGGGGCGAGGGCAGGGAGACCGACGACAUGCUAUCUUCGCCGGCUGGGGUCCUUCAGCUAGAUGAAGAGCAGCUCGGGCUCACCAUGCGUGUCGUACAGCUACGGAUCAACGAGGGGGCUCUUGUCAUAACUCGUGCCGGACUUGCCAAGAUGUCUACCUUGCUACAGCUGGAGGCCGUGUACGGAUGUGGACGAGAAUCUCUCAUUGGUCUACACACACUGGUUCUCAGCUACAACCAGCUCCAGGUGCUGGACAUCUCCGUCUUGACGACCAUGCCGGCGCUCCGGCACCUCGACGUCAGCCACAAUCUUCUCUGCCGAAUGGAGCCGAUGGACGGGCGAGACCUACCUCCACGGCUAGAAACCCUCAACAUGAGCCACAACCGGAUAUCGCGCAUUGGCGGGAUCACACAGUGUUUCCUUUUGCGCGCUUUGGACCUCCGGCACAAUCGUAUCAAGCGCGUCCAAGGGCUCGAACACCUGUCCCUCUUGCUUCAGCUCGACCUGGGCCACAACCUCAUUUCCAAGGCGGCCUCCGCGCGCGCGCUCAGCUUCAACCGCUCUCUCAAGCUGCUCUGGCUCGAGGGCAACCCCCUCGCGAGACAUCCUCGGUAUCGGCCGACCCUGACGUGCCUGCUGCCGCACGUUCGCUCCAUCGACAGCCGGGCCAUGCCACCCACCUCCGACUCAGACCAACGGCGGUGGGAAGCCGGUGGUGGUUUAGCGGACGAGGAGGAGGGAGGCGAUGGUGGCAGCGGCACAGUGGCGGCAGCCGGACAUGCGGCCGCGGCGAGGGGACAUCAGCGCGGGAGCAGCGGUAACACCAGCGUUUCUAGAGAAUGGCAGGCAGAACAAGACAUGAGACGAUCCAAGGAAUGGCAGCAGGUGAAUUUCUUGUUCAUGGGUGAUGUUUUCGACCUUGGUGCGGAAGAGCUUGCCCGCCCGCGCCCCCGCAAGUGCCCAAGCGAGGAGGCCAUCAGCAAGGCCAAGGAAGUGGCAUGCCGCCGGCCUGCCGUUGUUUUCGGGAUCAGCUACAGGGGCGAGAGAGAAAGGGGCACGCAUGCUAGUGAUGCUGCGUACGCGGCAUCAGCCGGCAUGGACACGGCGAACUCACCACCGUCGCCGCCCCGGAGCAAAGGCCAUGAGCAGCACGGACACCUGUUCGACGCUGCUACGGACGGUUAUGAGCUGCGUGGCAAAGGUCUUGGAGGCGGUUGUGACGGCGGUUUGGAUCGUCGGGAGGAAUGCAUCCAGUCCUGCCACGGAGCGGCAAGAGAACACGGAGCGGAUAGCGUUCGAGAUGUUCUUGGCCGCCAAGAAUGGACGACGACCUCCCCUCCCCUCCAGGACAACGACGAGUCGUUGCAGCAGGCGUAUCAGAACAGUGGUGGUGAUGCACCACCGCCUCCACAUUUGCUACCAUCAUCUCGCGGUCGAAGCUCCAAGUGGUCCUCGGCCGGUGCCGAAGAAGAAUACUACACUCCCACGCCGUCAGCGCCGGCUAUGAUGGCUGUUGACAGCGGCGGCGCAGCAGCUGCCAGAACCACGGUGCAAGCAAUGAAGGCUCCGGAAGACUUAGAGGGGGCUUUAUCUGAAUCUCCCAGGGCACCAGGACACGAGAGAAAUAAGCUGGUAGAUAGCUGGCUACUGGACGUCAAGCUUGAGACGGAGACGGCAGGGACUGCGUUGCAGGAAAACGUGGUUCUCCUCAGGAUGUGCAAGGAGCGUGGCCGUGACACCGACGGCGAGCGACGGCGACUGUCCAGCUUUCGUACCGCGCUGGAGGGGAUGGGACUGUUCUCUCCGCAGCACGGGCCGACGCCGACAGAGUUUGUUGGAGACAAGGCCGGCGUUCUCGCGGACAAGGUCGCGGCAGUUGCAAGACAGGUGGCCAUGACGAAGGCGGCGGUGAAGAACCUGUUGCGGCUCAUGGAAAGCGUGGAGCCCGGCGACGACGGCAACGCGGAACUCGACCAAUAUGCCGAGUUUAUCCGACAGCAGAGAGAAAUUGUGAUCGGUGUCGGUGGCCACCCCAACGCUGACACCAGCAGCCCCGAAAAAAAGAGAGAGCCGGCGACUGCUGCUGCCGUGGUUCAACAGGGUGAAACCUCCGACUGCCAUAGAAGCCUGCCAGGACAAGGCGAACCAGAAGGAAGAGCCCACGGCAAUCCCGGGGCCGGCGUCGCCUUGCCUUCUUCCUCCAGCCUGUGCGCCACCGCCACCACAGCUGCGCGCGAAGGCCCGACCUCUCAUGACCAAAACGACGUAUCUGGCUCUGAGGAGAGGGUGAUGGCUACUGGAACGGAGGGAAUAGUUGAACCACCGUGUGGCGGUGCCGAGUCCGUCCAUGAAACUGAUGCCAUCGACGUUCUCGUCCCGCUUGGGCUUGGUCAGGAAGCUUCGGCGCGUUGUGCAGGCGCCGCCAUUGAUGCCGCUUCGAAGGAUGUUCCUGGCACGGUCCAAUCGACCACCUGUGUCCCUCUAAGACCUGCCGAGGAGGUCGUCACGGAAGAAGCUCUGCCUCGGCGGUGGGUUUCGUUCAUCCGAAGUGCGCCUCUACGAUCGAGGACAAGAAUGAAGGAAGAGAAGCUAGCCCAGAUCUAG